AUGAAAAAAGGCUCUGCCGACACCCGGUGCUCAGACACCAUUGCCACGUUUCAGACCGGGGCCGAUGUUGACCACCUGACCGUGUCAGGGAUGCUGUCAGCCGGACCGGCCAUUUCGGCCGCUGACCCCAUCGCCAUGCGAAGCUGCGGCGUUCGUCCCUGGCGCCUGGCCGCCUUUCCGAUGCGGCGAGGCUUGACAGGCGGGCAAUCGAAGGAUCGAAGGGCCAAGAAUCAGAACGGGAAAUCACUACUGUUGAUGGAAGAAAUCCUGCACCACCUUGGAUGGUUGAAACCCUAUAAAUAA